CUGAUAGACGGCACUGACUGGCAUCACUGCUGGGCACUGACUGGCGGCACUGACUGGCACAACCGCUGGGCACUGACUGGUGGCACUGACUGGCAGCACUGCUGGGCUGCACUGGUGGGUGGCACUGGUGGGCAGCACUGGUGGGUGGGCACAGGUGGGUGGCACUGGUGGGCACAGGUGGGCGGAACUUGCGGGUGGCACUGCUGGGCACCGAUCAUCAGGGCACUGAUCGUCAGUGCCCUGAUGAUCGGUGCCGAUCCCCGCUCUGACAACUGCCGGUUCUCGGCAGUACUUUCCUCACGAUCUGACAGCGUGAGGAAAGUGCAGCCGAGAACCGGCACUUGC